AGUCAAUUUGCCGACAGCAAAAUGACUUUCAUGAUUCCGACCUCUCGAAGACCUCUUCCAUUAGCACACGAACAUUUUGCUUAAAAAACUCACAAUUCUUUGAAAUUUUCGUAAUUCCAGUAGUGAGCUAUAAUUGCGCAUUGAAAUAAAAUACCAGUUGAUAUUUACAGUAAUAAUCAAUUGAAAAACUCAAAUGAAUUCUAUACUAAUUACUGGCUGCAAUCGUGGAUUGGGCCUUGGUAUUGUAAAGACACUUGUGAAAUUACCACAGCCCCCUAAACAUAUUUUUGCAACGUGCAGAGAUUUCGACAAAGCUACGGAACUAAAGGACUUAGCCGCCAGUCACUCAUCAAUUCAUAUUUUGGAGAUCGAUUUGCUCAAUUUUAAUAAUUAUGGAACCCUAAUAAGUCGAAUUAGUGAAGUAGUGAAAGAUGACGGAUUGAAUGUCUUAUUCAAUAAUGCUGGCUUUGCUCCCAAAUCUACUCGUAUCACCACAGUUAAAUUAGAGGAGUUGAUGCAGGCUUUACACACGAAUACUGUUGUACCAAUUAUGCUAUCGAAGGCUUGUCUUCCACUCUUAAAACGGGCUUCAAUAACUAGCAAAAACAUUGGAAUGGGUGUUAGGCGGGCCGCUAUUAUAAACAUGAGUUCGAUUCUUGGCUCCAUUGAAGCCAAUACAGAUGGUGCCAUUUACGCAUAUCGCACUUCGAAGGCUGCUUUAAAUGCAGCGACGAAAUCAAUGAGUAUCGACCUCCUUAAAGACGGAAUCCUUUGUGUAUGUUUACAUCCCGGUUGGGUACGUACUGACAUGGGGGGCGAUAAUGCACCGCUUGAUGUGAGCACUAGUUCAAGGAUGAUCAUAGAAAUUCUCUUAAAAUUUAACGAGAUGAAUAAUGGCGGUUUCUAUCAAUAUGACGGUCAAAAAUUGCCUUGUUGAAACUACAGUAGUUAAUACUUCUCCAUUCAAUACCUAACCGACACCGUGGAUGUACUUCCAACACGUCGUCGAUCGAAAAAUGGUUCUGGAACGCCGUCACGAACACCUAUUGCAGUCACAGCAGC